AUGAGAUUCACUGUCUAUUUGAGACUUUCGAGUGGAGAUGGCAAAUGUUUCCUUUGCAUAUGUGUUCAGAAUACUUCGGUUCCACUGAGCUUACUCGGUAUAUGGCGAAAGAUUGGAGAAGCUGAGUUUAUUUGUACAGUUAAUCCAGGGGAAAAAAUGACAGUGGUACUGGAAUCAAACUAUUUACGUGUAGAAGCUCAUUUAGGAGAGGCAAAAUUCCAUCACAUUGAGGUACCCGAAGAUGGUCAGUCGGUAGCUAAAACAAUAAAAUGCCAAAUGCUGCAAAUGGCAGAAAUAAACAACUCACCUUUUGGAAAACUUAUUAUUGGGAAAUAUGCCAGUAACUCUAUCUUCCAAACAAUUUUUGAAAUCAAACUGGAUCUAAAUUUUGAACGCUCUUUUUUAAAAAGAGGAAGUUUGUGGACUGUAGAAAGCCUCUAUGACCUGGCAUUACUGUACGGAUACUUUCAUUCACCAUUCAGAUGGCAUCGUUUUGCAGAGUUACUUGGUUUUACUUCAAAGGAAAUCCAUGAAAUAAAUGAAACACUCUCACAAUUUGAAUACUAUGAUGAUGAUUCAACUGUAUCACAAUCAAGUUUAAUGACACCUCGAAGAAUAUUUUGCUUACUACUAUCUAAGUUUCAAAAGCUUGGUGGAUGCUUAUCUCAAGUUGCAAGUAUCCUCCAUUCAGCCUCACGAGAUAAAAAUAAGAUUCCUGAUAAUCUAUCACAAUCGAACAAAUACUUUGAAGAUUUUAAAAUGUUUUCAGAUUGUUAUCACCAUAAUCAUCCAAUGUCUGACACAUACUUUAAUAGUGAGGAGUCCUCUGUUUCGGAGCGAAUUUGUCAGUCUCAAAAAAUAACUCAUGGUAUCUGUCAUCUGAACCAAUCGAAUCACAAUAUAACUUUUCCUACUACUGAACAAUAUAAUCAUGUUGAAACACAAUAUGCAAGUGGAGACGAUCAUUAUCAGCCUAAACAAAUUAUGAAUGAAUCAAAAAGAAAGAUAUUUAGAAAUGGUAGUCUAGAUAGAAUGAUGAGCUUGAAAAAACCAUGGUCAAGACAUGUUAGACGAAGAAAUAGCUUGCCCACGACUGGUCAAUCAAAUGAUCCUGAUCACAUUACUACACUACCCACUUUUAAACUGGCAAAAGAGUUUGAUAAUUUUGUAGAAUUUGGUACACCUAUCAAACGUGCCUCGUCUUAUCUGAAUUCAGAUGAAGAAAUAUCUCAAAUUACACCACAUAAAAAACAAUGUACAAAUAAUAAUAAUAAUAUUGAAAUCCGACAACAAAAGUAUGAACCUAUUCGUAAACCUAAAAUUGUAACAAAACGUCGAGUUGAUAAGAAUUUACUUCGACAGCGUAGAUCAAAUCAAGCCUUACUACCUAAUCUAUGGCAUCCUUCGAUAUCUUCAACAACGGACAAAACAACUGAACAUAUAUUAAAUGUUGUACAGGCAAAAAUCGAAGAAACCAAACGAGAAACUGAAGCAAUUCACAAGAAUGUCAUAUCAUUUUUGGAAAAAAUACAAUCUCCUGUUAAAAAUAUACCAAAUUUCACUGGAUGUGAUCAGAAAACCAAAGAAACCAAUUCGUUAUUUCUUUUUUCAGAUAGAUCUAUCCAAGAUAAUGAUAUAUGGAAUAUUAUUCACUUAUGUAAUAGUACUAAUGCACCGAAUUGGAAAAUCUGGCUCAAAAUAUGUCAUCCUACUUAUAAUGAACUGAAUUCCUUCGAUCAAAACUGGUCGAAAGUUUUGAAAUUUAGUCAAAUUGAUCCACGUUACACAUCUUACCUUAUUUUAUUAAACUGGAUAGAAAUUAAUUCGAAUCCCAAAACGAACAUUAAACCAACUUACAUGAAUUUAUUUAAACAAUUGAUUAAUGAAGGUUAUAAUGAGUUUGUGAUUUUAUGUAAACAAAAGCUUUUCAAUAAUUAUUCACGUAAACGAAAUUUUAUUAGUUAA